UUGGUACGAGGGUAUGAGGGUAUAGAAAGCCUGUGAGUUGAACUGCAUUACUCUCAAAAAGCACAAGGAGGUGCUGUACACGUCAUUAUGGGUAAUAACUACACUUCACUUUCUACUCAAGAUCCAAAUGAUCUGCUUGUGGGAAGGGAUAGGUGAGUCUUAG